GAGCAGCACCAACAUGAACCAACAGACAGCAGCAGUUUUCCUGGCAGUGCUGGGCUUCAGCUCCGCAGGCCUGCUGCAUGGGCUGGGACCACUGCCUGGACCAGGACCCCUGCCUGGACCUGGCCCACUGCCCGGCCCCCUGAGGCUCGGCCCUGGUCCACUGCCGGGCCCCCUGCCUGGUCCCCUGCACGGUCCCCUGCCUGGUCCCCUGCCUGGUCCUCUGCAUGCCUAUGCCCCUCUGCACUUGGGCCCUGGCCCCCUGCCUGGACCUGGACCUCUGCCUGGACCAGGCCCUCUCCCUGGACCAGGCCCCUUGAGGCUGGGCCCUGGCCCUCUGCCUGGACCCCUGCCUGGUCCCUACCCUGGUCCCCUGGGACAUGGACCUGCUCCUCUGUGGCACUAACUUGGUGCUUGAGGGAAACAUCUCAUUCCCUGUUUUAGUCACCUCCAGCUUCUUUAUACAAAACCAAAAUUGUAACUAAAUUAAGUAUUGUUACAUCUUUUGUGCUAUUUGUUGUUGUAAUUCUCCCAUGUGUGAAAUGGUGUUGAAGAAAUAAAUGUUUAUAAAUGUUAA